AACACAUGGCUGGUAGACUAUAAGAGCUCUGAUUAAAUGCAGAUCUUCUAUAGUCAGUCAGUAGACUUCAUCAUGAGGAUCUGCUUGGCACUUUUUACCUUUUUUUUGGCAGCAUUUUGCCGUAAAGUCUUUACUGGGGACCAGGUUCUUCGAAUUGAUGCAAAAUCUGAGGAACAAAUCCAGCUCCUGAAGGAGCUGGAGAACACAGAAGUGUUUGAGCUGGACUUCUGGACUCAUCCUGUCUCCAGUGACCUUCCGGUGGACGUCCAUGUGCCGUACGCCAGUCUGAAUGUUGUCCGGAGAUUUCUCCAGGAUAAUGAGAUCCCCUUCCAGGUUAUGAUCGAGGAUUUGCAGGAACUCCUGGAUAAGGAGCAGGAAGGUUUACAGCGCGAUGCCAUGAAGGGUGGAGAUGCAAAGAGCUUCGACUAUGCAACAUACCAUGGGCUUGAGACACUCUACAGUUGGAUGGACAGCAUGGUGGCUGCUCAUCCCAAUCUGAUCUCCAAAGUGCAUAUUGGAAGUUCUUAUGAGAAUCGUCCCAUGUAUGUGCUAAAGUUUAGCACUGGGGGAAGCAACAGGCCUGCAAUUUGGAUUGAUGCUGGAAUACACUCUAGAGAGUGGAUCUCAACCGCCUCUGCUGUGUGGAUGGCUAACAAGCUUGCUACAGAUUUUGGGGUUGAUCCUUCGGUGACUUCUCUUCUGGGACAAAUGGACGUCUAUCUGAUGAUCGUGACCAACCCUGACGGCUACGCCUACACCCAUACCAAUGACCGCAUGUGGCGCAAGACUCGCUCCGUCAACACCGGAUCCAUGUGCCGAGGUGUCGACCCCAACAGAAACUGGGAUGCUGGCUUUGGUGGCCCUGGUGCCAGUAAGAACCCGUGCUCCGACUCCUACCACGGACCUUCCGCACACUCCGCCAUUGAAGUGAACAAUAUCGUGAACCUCAUCAAGAACCACGGCAACUUCAAGUCCUUCAUCUCCAUCCAUGCCUACUCCCAGCUGCUCAUGUACCCGUACGGAUACAUCUGCACCGAUGUCCCUGACCAAGCUGAACUUCAAGCUGUAGGUCAAGGUGCAGUGCAGGCCCUCAGCUCUUUGUAUGGAACCAGCUACAAAGUUGGAAGCAUUUGUAAAAUCAUCUAUCAAGCCAGUGGUGGAAGCAUCGACUGGACUUACAACAUCGGUAUCAAAUACUCCUUUGCCUUCGAGCUGCGUGACACCGGUCGCUAUGGCUUCCUCCUCCCAGCCAAUCAGAUCAUUCCAACUGCCACUGAGACCUGGCUGGGUCUUAAGUACAUCAUGGAAUAUGUGCGUGAUCAUCCUUAUUAGGACAAUAAUUCAUGUGAAACUGAAAAUAAAGUCUGAUUUCUUACUUCAAAGGAAAA